AACACGUACAUUUCAAGUUAAACUCCAUGGCGAAGGCUGUGCUCCUCCUCUCCCUCUCCCUGUUGCUGCUGCCCUUUGCCUGUCCAGCCCAGCUGGCCAAGGAGUUCUGCGUGGCCGACCUGGCCAGCAGCGACACGCCGGCCGGCUACCCGUGCAAGCCGCAGGCCGCCGUCACCGCCGAUGACUUCUACUACCGCGGGUUGGGCACCACAGGCCCGGCCAUUAACCCGUUCAAGAUCAGCUUGUCCUCGGCCUUCGUCACCAACUUCCCCGGCGUGAACGGGCUCGGCAUCUCCGCCGCGCGCGUCGAUUUCGCCGUAGGAGGCGUGGUGCCGCUGCACUGGCACCCGGCCGCCACAGAGCUCAUCUUCGUCCUGGAGGGCACCCUGUCCUGCGGCUUCAUCAGCGCCACGUCCAACAGGGUCUACACCAAGACCUUGUACAAGGGCGACCUCAUGGUGCUCCCGCAGGGCCAGCAGCACUUCCAGUACAACCUCGGCAACACCACGGCGGCGGCGCUCUCGACCUACAGCAGCCACAACCCCGUCGUGCAGACCCUCGACUUUGCGCUCUUCGCCAACAACCUUCCGUCGGAGGUGGUGAACAAGGUCACCCUCCUCGACGAGUUGGAGGUCAGGAAGCUCAAGGCGCUCUUCGGCGGGACCGGAUGAGCCUGCAUCGCUCCCUGGCCCCACCUGGGGUUGAAUUGAACUUGAAUUGGUCGUGCUUGUUGUUCUCCCGCUUGAUUUACUUUAUUCGUUCACCUUUAAAAUAUACUGUAUUAUUUAUUUACAUGCAUGUAUGGGGGUCAAAUUUUCAAAUAAAUUUUCGGAAAUUUUGUGCU